AUGACGUCUCAUAACCGCGCAGCUCCCAUUGCGGGGAGCACAGCAGCUGUUUCUCCGACCUCACAGAGGCCUGAUUCUAUUACCGUGAAAGGCUUCAAAAUAUCAACUCAGAAGUUGCCAAUACUCAAGGCUGAUCCCAUCGAGGCAAUGACCAACAAACUUGGUAUCGCUCCACCGGAGAUGAUAUUCGGCGAUAAUUUCAUUGCGAUCGAGCACGAGAAGAGUGGAUGGGGGAUCAACUUUAAUGCUUUCGAUGCUCUGGACCGUGUUGAUAAAACAGGCGAAUCUAUGCUGAAGGUAGCCUAUUCAAGGGAGUGGCAGAAAAGCAGAGAAGCAACUCACGAAGGUAUCAAAGAUGUUGUCAAGCCCUUUGACUGGUCAUACAGUACAGACUACAAGGGAAGCAUCAUAUCUCUUCAGGGCCGUGACUUCGAAGAAACCUCUACCCCCAUUCCAAUCGAGCUGCUGAAACGCCCCGAUCCGAUCCUGUUCUUCGAUGAGGUAAUUUUAUACGAGGAUGAACUUGCCGACAAUGGCAUUACUAUGCUGUCCUGCAAAAUCCGUGUCAUGCCAGGCAGGCUUCUUCUCCUGUCGAGGUUCUUCAUGCGACUGGAUAACGUUCUCUUACGGCUUCGUGACACCAGGGUCUAUGUCGACUUUGAGACAUCGGAAGUCAUCAGAGAAUAUCAGUCCAGAGAGUGUGACUAUGAGGCUGUGAGACAGAAACUCGCGUAUGCGAGGGAUGAUAUUCCCGCCAUUAUGAGGGAUCCUAAUAGGCUCUCUGACCUUCUCCCUGUUGUUGAGAAGCGACUAGAGCGAGUCUCACUUGCUCAAUAA